UUCAGCCCAAGACGCUUAGUUCUCACGUUGCUUUUUUGUUUUGUCUUUUCGUUUGCAUGACGUCUUGACGCGGAUUUCAUCGUGUUUCAGCUACCACAACGCUAUUCUCGUAUCCAUCAAGUAUUAAACUGAUCUUCGCCAUCUUAUACACUGCAAUCAUUUCAUUGGCCUUAGUGGGAAACAUUUUGGUGAUCUACAUUCUGCACAAGAGACCAGAUACCAGAAGAUUAACAAGCUUCAUGUACGUAAAUCUCGCUGUGGCCGACCUGCUCGUAACAGCUGUUGUGAUGCCUCAGUCGAUGGAACUUAUCAUUUUGGACCAUCUGUGGAUCGAUGGGACAUUUGGUGAGUUCCUUGCCAAGUUCAUCAUGUUUGUUUUCUUCGUGGCCAUCACGGCGUCCGUCUUUUCUCUAACAGCCGUGGCUUUUGACUUCUUCUGCGGGAUUGUCCUUCCCAUGCAAAAGUUCCCUCGCUUUAGGAACAAAAAGAUCCUAAUUCCCACAAUUUGGAUUACCUCAAUGUGUCUGAUGACUCCAUGGCUGGUCAUAAUCAAAGUAAAGAACUCCAGGAUAGUGUACAAGUUUUCACAGUUUGGCGAGAUUCAAGCGGCCUUAAGAGGCGUGUUUCUUUACAUCGUGGUCACCAUCUACUUACUGCCCGUAGUUACCAUUUGUAUCCUCUAUGGGUAUGUUUGCUACACGCUGCGGAAACAUAAACUACCGGGAGUUGAAAUAAAAAAUCGCGCCACAAAACGCGCCAACGCUUCCAAGCGUAAGGCGAUAAACAUGUCAAUAGCUAUCGUUGUUGCCUUUGCACUUUGCUGGCUUCCAGCGCAUGCGUAUCAUUUGAUUUUAGCCAUUGACAGCAGAGUGAGGCAAUCGUUGCCAUAUUAUUUCAUGCUGUUAUGCUAUUGGUGUGGACAUGCAAACAGCGUUGUCAACCCCUGGCUCCUAAUAUACUUCAAAAAGAAAUUCCGAGCUGAGUUUCGGAGAAUGUUAACUUAUCCAUUAUCGAGAAUCUCAUUCUUGAGUAAAACAAAUGAAAGCGUAGUUAAUGAAGCCAAACAGCCAAUCCUGGAUCAAGAUCAAGUAGUCCAGUCGACAGAUCUAUACCAGUUUACAAGUGCAGUGUAAAGAUGAUUUUGCCGUAAACAAUAUUCAUCCUAAUCAUUGCAUUAAAACAUGUACAGUUAAAAGCAA